GCGUCGUACCGUAGAAAGCCCCAAGAUGGCAUUUAAUCUUGGCAACUUUAGAGAGGAUAACACCGAUGAGGAACGAGAACCAAGCCAAGAUCGAGAAGUAAAUAAUCGAAAAAAUAAAAAGAAAGCAAAGAAAGUAGAGGAUUUGAGUGAUAACAAAGGAAGAAAGUGUCAUAAAGAAGUAAACGUCAACGUAUUAAACCCCUGGAAUUCUGGAGAAACGAAAGAAUCGUGUAUGGACCUACAAAAACAGGCAUAUGAUAAUGAAUCAGGUGUUGGACGAAAUACAAAGAGGCGAAAGCGGAACGGUAAAAAUACUACUCUUAAGAAAGGUGAAACGGAUGAUGACAUCGACGAAGUGGUAUCUGCUGAAGGGUUUACUGUUGACUGGGAAACUAAUGAAAAAGUUACACGGCGUUUGAUAUAUACCCUCCCAAUGUAUCAAACUGAAACUAUCGAUAAUGAUGGAUGUAAGUUCCAAAAAACCUUUUCGGAAGGUGAUUUCUUUUCGGCAGGAUUGAUCGAUAUACCCAAGGGACGCAAAAAAUCAGGAAGGAAUUCCAACGAAAGCGCAAUGGGAUCUGUAACGUUUCAUCUCGAUGCGCAAAUGUUUACAGUCAAAGAAGGAGCUCAAUUUUUUGUCCCGCGAG